UUACAAUACUAAUACUAUUAACUUCGCAUUGUUAAUACUUCUAUUCACUCUUCUUCAUCGUCCUCCCCAAUCUCAUCCUUCACCACUUCCAAUUCCGUAAGAGACACAAGCGCGUAGUCUCUCCACAUCGCCCACAUCGCCACUCCAUCCCAAAUUCAAUCCCCAAUUGCUCCUCCCGAAACCCGCGCGCAAAUUCACUCACAGCCGCAAUGGCUUCCGCAGUAGCUGUCGACGCUUCUGCUUCUGCGCCCAGUCUCCCAGACAAUCUCUCCGACGAUGAGCCCAUCACAGGCAAGGUCGGACCUGUCGACAGCGAUGACGAUGGAGAGCCGCGCGACACGGUAGAAGAAAAUGGUCUUGACGACGAUGAAGACGACGACGACCUCUUCGGUGAUGGAGGUGACGACGAGGAGGAUCAGCCAGCACUUCGCACACUCGACGAUGAAGACCUGGACUCGGGCGACGACGAGGGCCGGACAGACCGUGCACCUGAAGUACAAGAAGUUGUAGAGGAGGAGGAACAGCAGACCCUCAGUUUCAUGGAUGCAGACAUCGCCAGGCAUGCUGUACCAGAGCCCAGUGAUGGCGAGCUUUACCUCCUCAAAGUGCCACGCUUCCUAUCCAUUGAGCCAACCGCCUUCAACCACAAGACCUUCCGCGCCCCAACGACAGAUCACCACUCGAAGGGCGCCCCCUCCGAGCAUUUCUCCCCGUACGACACAGCUCUCUCUACCAUCCGUUGGCGCCGCUCGCCAUCCAAUCCCGGCCAACUCCAAUCCAACGCCCGCGUACUGCGCUGGUCCGAUGGCUCUCUCACCCUGCAAUUUGCCUCGAAGCCACUCGAUCAAUACGAAAUCAACGCCAACCCCCUCGCUCCUCCACAGAUCAAGCCAAAGAAGCCCACGCCUACAUCAUUGACUGCAUCCACCGGCGCUCAAUAUAAGGAAGGAUAUACAUAUCUCGCUGCUCCGUACGAAGAGGCGCAGGUGAUGCGCAUCACGAACAAGCUGACAACCGGCCUUUCCGUGGUGCCAACCAACACAUCGAAGGACGACGCCAUCGAGAGAUUACAGAGCGCCCUCGCCAUGGCUGCAAACCGUGGAAAGGACGAUCGCGACCAGGCCAUCUCCUUCAUCGACGUGAACGAAGAUCCGGAGUUGAAGCGUGCUCGAGAGGAGGCCUCAGUCAAGGAGAAGUUGCGCCAACAGCGAGCGAGAGAAAAGACUGAAUUGCGCGAGCGGGAGAGAGCCUCAAGGCGAACAGGCGGCGGAGCUUCUCGUUCGGCCGGUUACGGUAUCAGCUCCAAUUUCCUGGAAGACGAGGAUGGUGGUAGGAGAGGCGGUGCAAGGAAGCCUAGGCAGAGGAACUUCGGCCGCGACAUGAGCGACGACGAAGACUAUGGCCGUGGCAGGAACAGGGAGGACGAGUACGACGAGGACGACGGUUUCAUCGCCGCCAGCGACGAGGAGCCCGAAAUCAUGGAGGACGACGACGAUCUCGACGAGGACAUCCUCGAGUCGCCGCCACGCCGUGCCCGCGAGACCCAGAGUCCGAAACGGAACCGGGAUAGGGAUGAUGACGAGGAGGAUGACGAUCAAGAAGUGGUGGUCAGUAGGACGAAGAGGAGGCGAGUCAUCGACGACGACGAUGAAGACGAGUGAAGAAGGGAUGGUUCAAUCGUCAUUUCUCUCGAGCAGCAGUAGUUGCCUUCGCCUCAAGUAUGUGUUUACAUACUCGCGUAGGUGGUGCAAUUGACCGCGGGCGUCAAAACUUCUCCCUCUUCUUCCGCCCACCAGGGUAGCAGCGGCGCAUGGGGCGUCAAGAUUGGAUUAAUGCAAGGCGGACGGAUUUGAGCAUGUAGUCUUUUUGGGGCUUUUACAACACAUUUUCAACCAAGUUAGAUUCAUCCCGUUCUUCUUUCCCUUUUACUCGAAAGGAGUUCAACUAUGCAUGUACCAGGCAAGCAUUCUUCCACCUCCAAUCUUCCAUACGGGGUGGAAACGGAAAGCAGGUCAGAUAAAGAAAAAGAAUGAGCAAGAAUACCCAAAUUCCAC